AUGUUAUUGAGAAAUUUUAUAAAACAAAAAAGUUUAUUUAUAAGAAAUUGUGUUCAAUAUAUAAAAUUAAAUUCAUUGGAUCAAGAACUUGUUGAUAGAAGACCAGAUUUAGAUUUAGAAACUUUAGUUGAAGAGGAACAUUUUGAAAAAAUAAAAAAAAAUAUUACAAAUAGAAAAGGUAUUGGAAAUAUUGAAAAAAUUCAUGAGAUAUGGAAGUGUAUUCAAGAUUUUGAUAAAUCAAAUUAUCAAUCUAUAGAAGAAUCUAAAAAAAUAUAUAAAAAUCUUUGGGAUCAAUUAUAUUUGGAGGCUUUUCAAAUUCCUAAUAAAACACAUCCUUCUGUUCCUUUAGGUCCAGAAGAAAAUGGUAAAAUUGUUGCAACUUACAAAGUAACUGAUGAAGAAUUUCCUAAAAUAAAAAUUGCUGAAAAUUUAUGUAAAUCAAUAGGAAAUUUAUCAUAUCCUUCAGUAGCUUCUGGAAAUAGAAGUUACUAUUUUACAGGAUUUAUAUCUUCUCUCGAAAAAGCUUUAUUAAAAUAUGUUUAUGAAUAUUUGAAAAAUUUAGGGUUUAUACCUGUAGUAGUACCAGAUAUAAUUCAUAAUAAUAUUACUGUUGGAUGUGGAGUGUAUCAAAGAACAAAUCAUAGUAUUCAAUAUAGUCUUCUUAAUAAUCCAUCACUUCAUUUAUCUGGAACAUCUGAAAUGGGUUUGGCAAAUUUAGUUGAAGGAAAAACUUUUAUUAGACAUGAUAUUUUUCCUAAAAAAUUUGUUUCAUUAAGUAGAUGUUAUAGACCUGAAAUUAGUAAAUCAGCUGUUGAAGGAAAAUUAUAUAGAGUUCAUGAAUUUUUUAAAGUUGAGAUGUUUUCUAUAUGUAGACCAGACCAAAGUGAUAAUGUUUUAGAUGAGUUUGUAAAUAUACAAAAAAAAAUUGUAGAAGAUUUAGAUAUACCUUAUAAAUUAAUUGAUAUGGCAAGUGAAGAAUUAGGAGCAUCAGCUUAUAGAAAAUUUGACAUAGUUGGAUUAAUGCCAGGAAGAAAAAUUUUUGGUGAAAUUACAAGUGCAUCAAAUUGUUCUGAUUAUCAAUCAAGAAGAUUAAAUAUAAGAUAUAAAAAUAAAGAUGGAAAAUAUGAAUUUCUUCAUACUGUUAAUGGAACAGCAAUAGCAUCAACAAGAUCUUUAAUUUGCCUACUUGAAAAUAUACAAAUGAAAAAAGAAAAAAACAAAAUUUUUGAAAAAAUAUUUUUGGAUAAAAAAAGAGGUGACUGGGAAAAUAUUAAAGCUACAGAGGCAUCAGUUUUUAAGUACUGGUAA